AUGUGGCGGCCGUGGGCCCAGGUGGCGUUGCUGACAGUCCCUUGGUGCUUUCCUGCCGUGGUGUACACCGCCGACGAGGACCUGGCCCCGUUCAACGAGACGCGCAACUGGUGUGAGAGCUACCGGCCGGUCGAAUCCUUCACGUACGUCUUGGAUGGCUUGCUGAUUGCCGGCGCCUUCGUGCUGGUGUACCAGAUGCGAAAAGUUCGCAAGCAGAUGAACGAAUACCAUCUACAGGUGUUCCAGCUCACGUUCCUGCUCGUAACCGGCACCGUCGUCUUUCCCCUCCAGCAUGCCAUCCUCGACCAUCGGCACGAGAUCCGGAGGAUCUGGGUCCUAUACCACAACUUCUUUAUGAAGUCUUCGUUCCGGGAUCAGCUCUCCCUCGAAGAUCUCCGAACAGAGUUCGAGAAGUUCGCAGAGCAAAGGCUGGCAAAAGAACUGCCCGACUUCUACCAGGGUGGGUGCCUCCUAAUAAUCCAAACGUUCAAGCCCUACACGCGUAAAUGUGGUAUGUAUUGCUUCUCGACAACGUUCGUUGUAUGCAGUUGA